AUGGCACUCGCUACUGCGCAUCUCCGCGUAGCCAGGCCGACUGAUAACGUGGACGCGCUGCUGCCCUUCUACUGCGACGGGCUGGGCUUCCAAGUUCUGCUGCGCUUCAAGGGACACGACGGUUUCAACGGGGUCAUGCUGGGACACAGAAACGCCGCGUACCAUCUCGAGUUCACGAGCAAGACGGGACAUGAGGCGGGGACGGCCCCGACGCAGGACAACCUCCUCGUUUUCUACCUCGCGGACUCGGAGCCAUAUCGUGCCGCUGUUUCGAGCAUGGAGAGGAGCGGGUUCAGCCCUGUGGCCAGCUUCAACCCGUACUGGGAUAAAUGCGGAACGACUUUUGAAGACGCGGACGGCUACAGGAUUGUUUUGGCCAAUAUGGCAGCGCCUAUUUAG